CCGUCCCAAAAAAUUCUUCCUACUUAUUUUUUUGGGAUGUCCCAAAAAAUUCUUCUCAUUUUUCUUUUUGGAAAGAUUUGUGUGGCUACCAUUCAUUUACUUUUUUCUUACUCAACCACAACCACACAUUUCCACUUUAUUCCUACUUUCUUAAACUCAUAUCCAAGUCAAACCUGUAAUAAUUUUCGAGGACCGAGAGAGUAUCAAAUACUCCCUCCGUCCCUUAAAACUUUGGCAAGUUUGACCGGCACAGAGACUAAUAAAGUAAAAACUGUGUAAUUGAGAUUUGUGCAGAUGAGAUAGAACUAACUGAAAGUGACAAAGUUAAUGGAACAUUUAAAAAAGGAAAGUUGACAAAAUUUUAAGGAAAGUAGGGAGUAGAAUACAAAACAAACUUUUGCUGGACCAACGAAAAUGAUAAAAUGAAACAAGUAGAAUCAUUGUUUUCUCAUUGAAUGAUUGAAGUAAAGGAUAAUGAAAUGGAAAAGUACUUAUUGUUUUGUAGAUAAUGCUUCCAUUAGAAAGUUACGUUUAUUAAUAACAAUAAUAAAUUUGUGUCGUUAAAUUAAAAGACGAUUGGGAGUCUGGGACAAUGAAGCAGUAACCACGUGAGAAAGAAUGUUGAAUGGGUAGAAUGUGCACUAUUACUUGCCUUCAGAACUUCUGUAGAAUCACAAACACAAGCUUGAAGGUUUUAUUAACCAUGGAGGAAAACAGAGGAAUAAAUAAAUCUGCAGAGAUUUGAGCGGCAAAGAGGGAUAGAAAAAGAAACAGUAUUUUGAAAGGGGUAAUAACUACUACGGAGUAAAACGUUGAAGCUGUGAUUAACUGUGAAAGGGACCAUUCUUUCCCAGCAAUGGUGAUUGAAGAAUAGAGGACGGACCCCACUUCUUAUCACGUGGAACUCCUUCAAUAAAGAAUGUAUACUCUCCACACUUCUUCUACUCCUCAUCCAUGCUUCUUUUUUCACUGCCGCUAUUCUUGAUGUGUUUCUAACCCCUUUCCUUUUUGUGUUUCCCCUUCCCCCCCUUCUUGGUUCCUGUGUUUUGUUCUUCUUGAACGGAACAGCCAUUAUUGCACUGUUUUGAGCUCCAAUAAAGCUCAACCCACCUCGCAGUUUCUGGUAAGCUAUUGCUUUUUCAUGACAAUUUUUAACCUUGUAUAGAUGUAUUUCGGAAACUGUGGCGGUCAACUGAAUGAGAUAAUGAGUCAAAGCAAGUCCAAUGAAUGAGUGCGGAAGAAGAUCUUUGUCUUUGAGAUUGUCCAACACUAUCAAAUAUCAAUAGGUUACUUUUUUGAUGUUUCUUGGUCAAUUUCAUCAGCCUAGCUCAUAUUUGUGGAACCCAUUGUUCUAAUCUGACUUAGGGCCUGUUUGGUUAGACUUAUUUGCCUGUAAGGUCUGAAUCUGCUUAUUUCCAGAAAGGAAAACCGUUUGGUAAGAAUGCAUAAGUCCGAAUGAGGAAAAGUUGUCUACCAAACGGAACCUUGGGCAGGCACCGGCUGAAUAUCAGGAUAAAAAGUGGAAUACCUUUUUGCCAUAUUGCAGUUUGGAUUAUUAUAGCAUAAAAUAAAAAUGUAUGUGCUGUUCUUUAUCCUGAAUUUGUGCUUGUAGGCUUUUAGCCUCCCCACUGGUAGGUAGAAGUUUGGCAGUCCACUCACUCCAGUUAGGGAUACACCUAUACUUCUGAGUAUAUACAUUAAUAAUAUAUACAUACAUAUGCAUAUGUAUACCUCCUAUCAUUGUGUUUGGUGUCCUAAAAUAGUGGCAUUUAUUUCUGUGGGCUCUAACUUUUUUGGUGUGAUUUGUUUUGACAAAAUGUUGAAUCACACAACUUCUCUUAGCUUUCACUAUCCACACAUUUCUGUACUUUUUCUUGUCUUCAUCCUCCGGAGUCCUCUGUAAUGUUCAAAGGUAGGAUCUUUUUGCUUAGUUAGGAAACAAGAAAUGAGGGGGUUAUUUGUAAUUCCAUCGAAGAAUGGAAUCUACCUUAGAAAGAAAUUGAAGUGACCCAUAGCUAGAGUUGAGUUAAGGAAUUAGGUUUGCUAGCUGUAAGUGUGUUACUUGAGCUGCAUUUUGCAAAAUCUCCAGAGUCCAGAUUGAUAUUUGAUAGAAUAUGCCAUGUGGGCUUCUUGAAUCACUAGGCCACUAUGUCUUCCUUUCUGUCCUUUUCUUUUCUUGAAGGUAUAAAUAAGGAAUUUUCUUUGCAGAAUUUAAGAUUCUGUGGGAAUCCCAUUCACCUUUGACAAAGCAGUCUUCUUGUGAAGCUGAACCAGUUGUCAAGAACAGGAUUUUGGAGAAGAUAUGGAUCUUGACCACGCCAAGUGCUGGGACACAACAAAGAAAAAUGGUUGGAAAUCUACACUGCUUUUAGCAUAUCAAAGUCUUGGUGUAGUUUAUGGCGAUCUCAGUAUUUCGCCACUUUAUGUUUUCAAGAGCACAUUUGCAGAAGACAUCAAGCACUCCGAUACUAAUGAAGAAAUAUUUGGUGUCAUGUCUUUUGUUUUCUGGACUUUAACUCUUCUCCCUCUAUUCAAGUACGUGUUUAUAGUACUUCGAGCCGAUGACAAUGGAGAAGGUGGUACCUUUGCUCUGUAUUCCUUGAUAUGUAGGCAUGCAAAAGUCAGUGUUCUUCCAAACAGACAAGUUUCUGAUGAAGCACUUUCUACAUAUAAGUGUGAACAACCUCCCGAGAUGAAUGAUAAAUCAAGGGUGAAAAUGGUGCUUGAGAAGUACAAGUUUCUGCACACAGGGUUACUGAUCUUGGUGCUGAUCGGCACUUGUAUGGUCAUUGGAGAUGGAUUGCUUACUCCAGCCAUAUCUGUUUUCUCUGCGGUUUCUGGGCUUGAGUUCUUCAUGUCCAAGGAUCACCACCAAUAUGCGGUCGUGCCUAUAACUUGCUUCAUAUUAGUGUGCCUAUUUGCAUUGCAACAUUAUGGCACACAUCGAAUUGGCUUUUUCUUUGCACCGAUCGUGCUGUCGUGGUUGUUUUGCAUAAGCACACUUGGGGUGUACAAUAUCUUCCAAUGGAAUCCACACGUUUACAAGGCACUUUCCCCAUAUUACAUGUUCAAGUUCUUGAAAAAGACUAGAGAAGGUGGAUGGAUGUCAUUGGGUGGAAUUCUCUUGUGCAUAACAGGAGCAGAAGCAAUGUUUGCUGACCUCGGCCACUUCUCAUAUGCUGCAAUUCAGACUGCAUUCACCUUUCUGGUUUAUCCAGCACUCAUUUUGGGAUAUAUGGGUCAAGCAGCCUAUUUAUCAAUGCAUCACCACAACAUGCAUGAAAUCAGUUUCUAUUUGUCAGUUCCCGAGAGGGUGAGGUGGCCGGUUCUUAUUGUAGCCAUUCUAGCUUCAGUUGUGGGAAGUCAGGCGAUCAUAAGCGGGACUUUCUCUAUCAUCAACCAGAGUCUUUCAUUGGGCUGCUUUCCAAGAGUCAAGGUGGUUCACACAUCCAAUAAUAUACACGGGCAGGUGUACAUCCCAGAGAUCAAUUGGAUACUUAUGGUCCUUUGUGUUGCUGUGACUAUCGGUUUCCGAGACACCAAACAUUUGGGAAAUGCUUCAGGCCUGGCAUUGAUGGCGGUCAUGCUGGUAACCACAUGUCUCACCUCACUGGUCAUAAUCCUUUGUUGGCACAAACCUCCUAUUCUCGCCCUCUGUUUUCUUGUCUUUUUCGGCUCUAUUGAAUUGCUCUACUUCUCUGCCUCUGUCAUUAAGUUUCUAGAAGGCGCUUGGCUCCCUAUACUUCUUGCCCUCAUCUUGGUAACUGUCAUGUUUGUCUGGCACUAUGCCACCAUCAAGAAGUAUGAAUUUGACCUCCACAAUAAAGUCUCCCUUGAGUGGCUCUUGGCUUUGGGUCCCAGCCUCGGCAUCGCGCGGGUCCCUGGGAUUGGAAUCGUCUUUAGUGAUUUGACUUCAGGGAUCCCGGCAAACUUCUCGCGUUUUGUCACCAACCUCCCAGCCUUCCAUCGUGUCCUUGUUUUCGUCUGUGUGAAGGCUGUCCCCGUCCCCUUCAUCCCACCGGCCGAGCGUUACCUCGUGGGCCGUGUGGGACCUGCCUCCCACCGUUCCUACAGGUGCAUUGUGCGAUACGGGUACCGGGACGUUCACCAAGACGUUGACUUCUUUGAGACCGAGCUUGUAAGGAAGCUUGCCGAUUUCAUUCGGUAUGACUGGUACAGGACCCACGGGAUAGUCAGCUCGCCCGACGACGAUGGCAGGUCUGGGUCAGCCGCUUCAUCGGGCGAGUGCCGGUUGGCAGUGAUCGGGACGAUGGUUUUUCCCGGCUUCGAGAUCGACGAUACUGCCCAACCCGAGAGCGUAUCCGUCGGUUUCCCAACCGUGGAGAGCAUAACAGACGUCAUCGAGAUGCGACCGACGACGGGUGGAGGGGCUCAGAGGCAGGUGAGGUUUGAUGUGGAUGAUUCGGAAGCCGACCAGCAUCUCGAUAUGGACAUGCAGAUGCACGAGGAGCUAAGAGACCUUCAUGAAGCACGGGAAGCGGGGAUUGCGUUCAUACUUGGGCAUUCACACGUGAGAACCAAACAAGGCUCAUCCAUAUUCAAGAGGUUGGCCAUAAACUUUGGGUAUAAUCUGCUCAAGAGGAACUGUAGGGGACCUGAUGUGUCACUGAAGGUUCCGCCGGUGUCUCUUCUUGAGGUCGGUAUGGUUUAUGUUGUAUGAGGAGUUGUAAAUGCAAAAGUUUUCUUCUUCCACACUCUUAAUCUGCAUGUUGAUUUUUGAAUAUUGCAACUAUAUGUUAACUCAGUGAGAUUAGGAGUACUGACAGUCACGUGUAAUUGUACAAAAUUGCCCUCCUAAAUGGCAUAUCUUUGUUUCAACCCACUGGGCGUGAGUAAAUGCGAAGGAUUAGUUAGUCAUU